AUGAGCCUCUUCGGCAACACAAACUCCAAUCCCCCAGCGGGUGGCAGUCUUUUUGGCGCCAAACCAGCUGGCUCAACUGGGACAAGUCUGUUCGGCCAACCAGCAGGCGGAGCUGCGGGAGCAGGACAGCAGGCGACUGGAGGACUUUUCGGCGCUUCAACAAACAAGUCGACGGCUGGUACUGGCGGAGGGUUGUUCGGAGGGACCACGACGAAUACUGGCGGUGGUCUCUUUGGCUCUGGGGCAUCUUCAACGGCGCCUGCGACUACUACAAGCGGGGGUGGUCUCUUUGGGGGUGGAGGGGCUGCGGCGUCAGGAACCUCUACCCCCUCGCUGUUCGGUGGUGCAGCCUCUAACACCUCCAACACUGCGCCUGCAGCUGGAACCACACCUUCUCUAUUUGGAGCACCCAAACCGGCGGAUUCAAAUGCAGCAGCAGCCAAACCCGCAUCAAGUUUCUUUGGCCAACCAGCAACGACAGGCGGCACAUCUACCACUGGCGGAGGCCUAUUUGGAAACACUGUUGCAAAACCCGCUGAUUCAACUACCACAACCUCUGCGACGCCAGCCCCUACCGGCAGCCUGUUUGGUGCCAAACCUGCCGCGUCAACCUCAUCGACGACACCAGCCUCAGGAUUCACAUUGGGCGGGAACAAAGACACGUCCUCCACCACUUCAACUGCCACGCCUGCACCUACCGGGGGACUCUUUGGGGCGAAGCCAGCUGAGAAGAAGGAUGGGGCCCCUGCUCCAGCGCCGUCUUUCAAUUUGUUCGGUGGUGCCAAAGCCGACGACAAGAAAGAUGCUCCAGCAGCUGGAAAAGAAGGCGACAAGUCUGCAGCUGCCGCUCCUGCUUCUACGACUUCGAGUACUACUGCUGUCGUAGCCGUCCCGCCCCCGUCUAUGCUUCGAGGCAAAACAAUUGAAGAAAUUGUCAAUCGAUGGACAUCCGAGCUAGAAACCCACGUCAAAGACUUCUCUAGAUUCGCCAGUGAAGUAGCGGUAUGGGAUCGUGCAUUGGUAGAGAAUGGCAACAACCUCGCUGCACUGUAUAACCACGUCCUCGCUGCUGAAAGACAGCAGACAGAAAUUGAUUCGACCCUCGACAAUGUUGAACAGCAUCAAAAGGAAUUGCUUGACCAUUUGGAGCAAUAUGAGAAACUAUCGGCGGACAUUCUUGGCUCUCAAGGUGGUGCCGCCAGGGCUCUCGACACCGGACCAGCUGACACCGAACGAGACCGAAACUAUAUGCUUGCCAGCGACUUGCAUACCAAUCUCGACGAUUUGUCAACCUCAUUGACCCAAAUGAUUGAAUCCGUAAACGCACUCUCCAUCGCCCAGAAAUCAAGCGGCGAAGGACAAGACGACCCCAUGGCCCAGAUAUCGCAGGUCCUCAGCAGCCAUUUGGAAAGCUUGCAAUGGAUCGACUCAGCCGUCCGUGACGUUGGCUCAAAGGUCAACGAAGUAGAAAAGCGAGUGAAGGAAUCUGGGCAACCUUACGGGAAUGGAUCCAGGCGAGGAGGUUUCGGCUUAAACCGUUAG